UUUGUACUCUUUCCCUCUCCUUUGAAAUUUCCACUUCUAUUCUAUUCUAACUCCCCCAAUUGAAACCUUCACUUUGACAUUUCCGCACUCACCUCCUCUAACGGCUACUUUCCCUCCUCUCCGCGGCCUCCAUUUCUCUAUUCCCCCACCGACCUCUCCUCCAUCGCCACGACGGAGUAUUCCGAGCAGUUGUGAGUAUGCAGGACAUUUUCGGAUCAGUUAGGCGGUCGCUGGUGUUCAAAUCCACCACGACGACUUCAGUGGACGACGGCGGAGGAGGGUUCAGUGGAUUCGUGGAGAAGAUUGGCUCCAGCAUUCGGAAAUCGCGAAUCGGCCUCUUCACUAAGCCCUCCUUCCCUCCGGCGCUUCCUUCGCCCAGUGGUAGAAAGGGCGAUGCCGAUGCGCCUUCGAUACGAUGGAGGAAGGGGGAAUUGAUUGGUUGUGGUGCGUUUGGUAGGGUUUACAUGGGGAUGAAUCUCGAUUCCGGUGAGCUCCUCGCUGUUAAGCAGGUUUUGAUUGCUGCCAACAGUGCUUCCAAGGAGAAAACCCAGGCUCACAUUAGAGAGCUGGAAGAAGAAGUCAAGUUACUGAAGAACCUUUCCCAUCCCAACAUUGUGAGAUAUCUGGGAACUGUUAGAGAAGACGACUCACUGAAUAUCCUCUUAGAAUUUGUUCCCGGCGGGUCCAUUUCAUCCCUUUUGGGGAAAUUUGGUUCCUUUCCCGAGUCGGUGAUCAGAAUGUAUACAAAACAGCUGUUACUGGGACUUGCAUACCUUCACAACAAUGGUAUUAUGCAUAGGGACAUCAAGGGGGCGAACAUUCUUGUAGAUAACAAGGGUUGCAUUAAACUUGCCGACUUUGGAGCUUCCAAGAAAGUAGUUGAACUGGCUACUAUAAAUGGAGCCAAGUCGAUGAAGGGAACUCCAUAUUGGAUGGCACCGGAAGUUAUCCUCCAGACAGGACACAGCUUCUCGUUUACUUUGCCAUUUGAUUUCUUAGCUCUGCUGAUAUAUGGAGUGUUGGAUGUACGGUCAUCGAGAUGGCUACAGGAAAGCCCCCAUGGAGCCAGCAAUAUCAAGAGGGAACCAAACUUUAGAGCCACUGCAUCAGAUUUGCUGCUGCAUCCAUUUGUCACUGAGGAUUAUAACGAAUCUACUCCUCAACUCCGCAGUUCACUCAGGGAAUCAAGAAAUUUGAUGACGAGCACUAUGAACCUUAGGAACUCCAUAAACCCUUCAAUCAGAAGAUCGACCUGUGGAGGCUUAAAGGAUGUUGGUGACAUGGGUGGCAAUAUGAGGUCCUCAAUAAUAUAUCCUGAGAGCACAUCAGGAUCUGGUUCAUACUGGCAUGGCACUUCUAGUUUAGAUGAUGAUAUGUGCCAGAUAGAUGAUAAAGACGAUUUCAUGGUUGUUAGGACAUCGUCGAAGUUCAAGUCUGUCUUUUCUUCUACAGACUUAAACAAGAGUUUCAAUCCAAUGUGUGAGCCAACUGAUGAUUGGCCGACAAUGUCACAUGGAAGUUCAGAAAUGAGGAGAAGCGAACUCCGUUCUAGCCAAUUUAUCAAUGAGGUCGCCAGUAGCAGCCUUGGACUGUCUGGCAAGGAAGGGAAUGAGUUUGCAUUUCCUGGUGGCCCAUUGGGAACUGAGGAUGAUGAAGAACUUACAGAGUCGAAAAUCAGGGCCUUCUUGGAUGAAAAGGCUUUAGAUUUGAAGAAGCUUCAAACGCCUCUGUACAAGGAGUUCUACAGCACAUUGACUGCUAAUGAUCCUCCACCAAGAGUAGCCGGAAAGAAGAACUAUGAGAAUAUGAAGAAUUCUUCAAUCUCCAUAUUACCCCCGAAAAGCAAGUCUCCAAAACAGUUGCCACCGAGCAAAAGACUUUCUUCAGUUGUUGAUGCUCCGACUAGCAGUAGUCCUGGUAUGACUGCAAGUUACAGGGCAAAUGAUAACAGCAUCAUCCACUCUCGAGCUCUACAGGAAAUUCAAUCCCCUCAAAUCAGCGAGUGGAAAACGGGCAUCCUUAACGGGGAGCAGCAGGAACCAAUCACUCCAAGAGAUGCUACGUCAAGCUGGUGUGAGCCCGAAGACAUCUUCUCCAAAGGACCACGUUCUGAAUCGACAAAGAUCAGAAAGAAUGAGAUAUCCAUUCCCGGGCAAGUAGUAGCCUUUAUGCACAUUCUUCUCUCAAGAGGCCUGAAGGAAAAAAAGAACAAAAAGUGAUCUUUUUCUCCAUUCGUGGAGCACUGCUGCUCCUGCUUUUGUAUUUAGUAACCUCACAGAAAUGUUGGCCGACGGGGGUUUCGGUUGUCCUUGUCUGGUAAGAUAAUGGAAGCCACCACCUUUGUUGCAGAAGGCUGCACCAGGCUGCCUGCCUCAUUGUGUAGUUUCAGCACAGAAGAGCUGGCCGGGAGGGGUAAUAUUUGUAUGCAUAUUUUCUCUCUACCUUGUUGAGAUGGGAUCUGGAAAACCAUAUACAUAAUAUAAAUGAAGUUUUGGAGCUCAAUGAUCCUGUGUUUCAUAUUUUCAAGUCGAAUGUUCUCUACCCAUUUUACAGACUGGCCCAAUUUAGUGAUGCCCAUAUCAAGAAGU